CCUCCAAGUAACUCCAACCUUGGCUCCCCACGUCUACCAGCCCACCAUGGAUUUGCGAGGCCAACGAUUUACCCUCGAUCUGUCUGAUGACGAGGACGAGACGGGCCUGCACUCCACUCUCCCAUCCGGCGCCGUCCCUUCUCUCUCGUCUGCCUUUAUCGGCGACAUCAAAGAACGCUCCACCACCCCGCCGACCGCGCCACAACUGAAGAGCUCAGCUACCGGUUUUCCUGAACACAAGAAACGCACGCGGGUAUCAGCCUUCAAGAAGCAGAGGAAUGGGUCUGCGUCGCCCGCUUCCGCGACUACAGCUCCUCGGAAGCCGUCCCCGUUGGAACCGCAACCGGUGAACGCCCAAAACGCCCACAAACCGACACAGUCGAUCGAAGAUGAAGAGCGCCAGCGCAUCGAUGAGGAGAACAACCAGAGGCUGGCAUCCAUGUCAGCUGAAGAGAUAGAUGCUGAAAGACAGGAGUUGCUAGCUUCAUUGGACCCCUCGUUGAUUGAAAGGCUUCUGAAGCGGGCCAAUCUGGACGAAGGUCGAGGCGAUACGGGCAUCGAUCCGCCCUCGUCGAUAUCUGACAAAGGUAUCAAUGAUACAACAUCCACAGUUGUGCAGGAGAAGGAGCUGCCCUCGUCAACGUCUGAAGGCGCCAAGAAUACCAAAUCCACGACAGAAAAGGAGGAUGAAGAGGCUAUCCCUGUACCAAAGCCGGCUGGAAAACCAGUCGCCGCGAUAAAAGGAGUACGAUUUGAAGACGACGACAAAGAGCCCGCCCAGCCUAUAGAUCUCAAACCUGCCUCUGCUACCCCCGAUCCCCUCGCCGAAGUCACCCAACCCUCCGUGCAUUUCCCAGCCGCACCAUCCGCCCCCGAACUCGACCCAUCCGACCCCUCCUUCCUCGAAAAGCUGCACACCAAAUACUUUCCCUCCCUCCCCGCCGACCCCUCCAAGCUGGCCUGGAUGGCCCCCAUCCCGACCCACGGCUCUCCCGCCGACCAAGAAUCCCCCUACUACCCGAACCAAGAAUCCCUCCCCGCCUCCGCCCUCCGCUUCGACUUCCGCGGCGGUUUACUGCCGCCGCGCAUCGCGCGCGCCAUCCCCUCCACCAAAGGCCUGCAUCACCACGGUGAGGCGCCCGAGGCCGCCGGCUACACGGUGCCCGAACUGGCGCGGCUCGCCCGCUCAGCCUUCCCGGCGCAGCGCUGCCUCGCCUUCCAGACGCUGGGACGCCUCCUCUAUCGAUUAGGCCGCGGCGAGUGGGGCGGGGAAGAGAGCGAGAUCUCGAAAGGCCUGUGGCGCUGCGUCGAAGAGGGCAAGGUCAUCGAGACGCUGGAGGAGGCGGCGAGUGCGGAGGGCGGGCAUCAGGGGAGUAAGGUCUAUGCGGUGGAAGCCGUCUGGCUGUGGCAGAAAGGCGGCGGGAAACGGUGGAAGGCUUCUUGAGUGUGGAAUGUAUCAUAAUAUAGUAAUACGAGAUAUGAAAAUGAAAAUAGAUUAUCUAUGCCUG